AUGAAAGAGUUCAAUGAUUGGUUGGUUGAGAUCCGUGUGGUGAGUCGAAAUUUGGGCCAGUUAGCGAUCGGUGAAGCUUCUGCAGCUCGUCAGCGAGAGGAAGAGCUCAGGAUCAAGCAGGGACAAGCGGAGGAGCAGAGCAGACUCAGUCUCCGCGAUUGCGUCUACGCCUUAAACGAAGAAGAAGAAGAUGAAUUCGGGUCCGGCCCUGAUAGCAGCGAUGCUGGCAGUUCCGGUGGAGGAUUGAUGGGCUUUGACAUGACUCCGCUCUAUAGAGCUUAUCACAUUCAUCAGACUCUGUCCCUUGAAGAUAGCUUCAAGCAGUACUAUUUCACGAACAGGAAACAUCAUCUUAGAAACGACUCACAGGUUUCUUCUAUGACUCCGUUUCUUGAAUCUCAUCAGACGUUUUUCGCACAGAUUGCUGGGUUUUUCAUAGUAGAGGAUAAAGUUUUGAGGACUGGAGGAGGUUUGGUUUCGAAGCUGGAAGUGGAGGCUUUGUGGGAUAUCGCUGUUGUUGACAUGUGUGCUGUGUUGGAGGAUCAGUUCUCUAGGAUGCAGACGGCGAAUCAUCUCUUGCUGAUUAAGGAUUACGUGAGCUUGUUAGGAGUGAGCCUACGCAGGUAUGGCUACGCUGUUGAUUCCCUUCUCGAGGUGUUGAGCAAGCACAGGGACAAGUAUCACGAGUUGCUGUUAUCUGAUUGCCGUAAACAGAUCACAGAAGCGUUAUCUGCAGAUAAGUUUGAGCAGAUGUUGAUGAAGAAAGAGUAUGAAUAUUCUAUGAAUGUGCUCUCUUUCCAGUUGCAAACUUCAGAUAUUGUACCGGCGUUCCCUUACAUUGCUCCGUUUUCAACCACCGUGCCAGAUUGUUGCCGGAUUGUGCGGUCUUUCAUUGAGGAUUCGGUUAGUUUCAUGUCUCACGGAGGUCAGCUUGAUUUCUACGAUGUCGUGAAGAAGUAUCUCGAUAGGCUUCUAGGCGAGGUUCUCGACGAGGCUCUGUUGAAGCUGAUUAACACGUCGGUGCACGGAGUCUCUCAGGCGAUGCAGGUCGCAGCGAACAUGGCUGUGUUCGAGCGAGCUUGCGAUUUCUUCUUCCGCCACGCGGCUCAGCUCUCAGGAGUUCCCUUGAGAAUGGCGGAGAGAGGUCGGAGACAUUUCCCGUUGACUAAGGCCCAAAACGCUGCCGAAGAUAGGCUCUCGGGAUUGCUCAAGAAGAAGAUAGACGGAUUCAUGACACUGAUCGAGAAUGUUAACUGGACAAGCGACGACGUUCCACAAGGCGGGAACGGGAACGAGUACAUGAACGAAGUGUUGAUCUACCUAGAGACUUUGGUUUCCACCGCACAACAGAUAUUACCAGCUAAUGUCCUGAAUAGGGUUUUGCACGACGUCCUUGCACACAUUUCUGAGAAGAUCGUUGGAACGUUAUGCGGAGAUUUGGUGAAAAGAUUGAGCUUGGCUGCGAUCAAGGGAGUGGAUGUGGAUAUUCAGUUGCUGGACUCGUUUACAGAGCAACUAACUCCAUUGCUGACGGAGAAAGAAGCGAAAGAGAUGAAGAAUGCUUUCGUGGAGAUAAGACAGAUGAUUAACUUGCUCAUGAGUAAUAAUGUUCUUAGUUACAAGAACGCGGUGAUCAGAGAAAGAAACUACAACGCUUUGGACCCCAGGAAAGUUGUAACGGUCCUUGAGAAACACAGAGAUCCAUCGGAUAGUAUUUUCGGGACUUUUGGAACAAGAGGGUCGAGGCAAAACCCCAAGAACAAAUCGUUAGACGCGUUUAUAAAGAGUUUGAAGGAUGUGAGCUGA